AUGAACCGCGAGUGCAUGCGUGAAGCGAGACAACGCCGGCGCCUAGAGCUGCAAGAAAUGCAGACCACCGUUUCAGCACUGGAGAAGCAGUACAAAGAGCUGUCUCAGCGCUCAGCACACACCAGAGAUACAGCUUUGUCUCAAAUAUGUCAGCGACCUAAGUAUGCUGAGGCUGUUGACACAGCUAGACGACUUGGGGCAGAGAAUCUUUACCUUCAGAGUUUGCUCAAGCAGGAGAUAACCUGGGAGCGACAAUUACAACGAAUCGUGGACUUUGAGGAGGCCGAUAUCGUGUGCGGAGCAGGUACCAAGAGCCACAGCUGGCAAAUGAAUUUCGACGUGCUUGACGACGCUCAGGCCGAGAAAGAACUCGGCUUCCAUCGCUUAACCGACUGGGAUUUUACACGAAUCAUCCUGGACAACAAGCGCAAUAUCCAUCACGUUGAAUCUCGACUACUUCAGCCGUCAAAUAUCACGCAUACACACCGAAUGCAAGCGUUUGGCUGGGAUAUGAACCAGACGAUAGACUGCGGUGUGAUGGAGUUCGUAUUCACAAAACAAUUCUCCGGACUUAAUGUGUACGACAUUUUGCGGACAACGUUGGUCAAUGACUUGGAGCUCGAGCGGUCCAGGAAAAUCAAGGCGGAGACGCUGCGCCUACAAGUCAUACAGGAGAUGGCCCCAAACGCUUUUGUGGUUGUACACGACGUCUCCUCUACCGGUGAUGUAAACGUCUUUCGGUCCGUCGUCGCGCGUUUUCUCAUUGAAGACACGAGGGAUUUCCCGUUGAGCAGGUCCGACUUGGACGAUAAUAUCAGCACGGAAUGCCGGCUGAACAGGUCUAACCUAGAGGACAAUAGCGGUGUAGUGACGGGAAGAGGCUGCGUCUUGGGUACACACAGUGUAACUACUGACAAAGCACAGCGUCUGUCAGAUGAAGAAUUAUCUGGAAAGCUCGUGUGGGCUGACGUCGCUCUGUCCGUCGGAAUAUACGAUGUGAUUGAUUCAAUCACGGGCGAGACGUGCCAGUACGUGCGUUGGGCAGGACGCACAGAUUAUUCUAGCGAGGAGCACGCACAACGUAACGCCUCUGACACUGUGCAGUGCAUGCUACGCUGGGAGAUGCUGGUGAUCGCCCCAGCUCUCAAUCUUGUAUCUAUAUGCUAA